GGCCCAUUUGGAUCAUGGCCUUGCUGAGCCAUGUUUUUACCUUAAUACGCUGCCCGUUUAACGUUUAUCUUACAAAUCUCCUUCUAAAAGGCGCGUUUUAAGUCAUCGCGAAAUUAAAAUUUUCCCGAAAAAAAAACCUCGAGAAAAACUCCAUAUUAACAAACAAAACUUUUAUUUUUCUUAUUCCUCGAUUUUCUUUCAAAGCUCUUAAACACCCACGCUAUUGACAGAAACAGAGAUAGAACUAUCGUAACAACGAAAGAGAAAGAUCUGCAAAAACCCAACAGGGAUUGGGUUUUUGAUAAUGGUUUUGCCUAUUUAGAAGUGGGUAUUGAAUUGUAAUUGAAGAAUGGGUGGAAUGUGAAUGUUUUGAGGGGUUGAUUUUGGGGUGGCUUUGAUCUUUGGUGUCCAAGGAGUUUGUACGUAGAAAUGGCUGAUAUAGAAGGUUUACAACCAGCAGCGGGGUAUAGAUUUAGUCAGGUGGAGUUGAUUGGCAGGGGAGCCUUUGGUGACGUCUAUAAAGUGUUUGAUAAGGAAUUGAAAAAGGAAGUUGCUAUCAAAGUUAUUGAUUUAGAGGAAUCUGAGGAUGACAUUGAGGACAUCCAGAAUGAAAUUUCUGUUUUGUCACAAUGCCGCUGUCAAUACAUCACAGAGUAUUAUGGUUCCUAUCUUCAUCAAACUAAACUGUGGUUGAUAAUGGAAUACAUGGCUGGUGGUUCAGUCGCUGACCUACUCCAAUCAGGCCCUCCACUAGAUGAAAUGUCAAUUGCCAGUAUUUCAAGGGAUUUGCUUCAUGCAAUUGAAUAUCUACAUAAUGAAGGAAAGAUUCACAGAGAUAUCAAAGCGGCAAACAUUUUAUUGACUGAGAAUGGUGAUGUUAAGGUUGCAGAUUUUGGUGUUUCAGCACAAUUAACAAGGACAAUAUCGCAGAGAAAGACUUUUGUAGGAACACCAUUCUGGAUGGCACCAGAAGUUAUUCAGAAUUCAGAUGGAUACAACGAAAAGGCAGAUAUAUGGUCUUUGGGCAUAACUGUGAUUGAAAUGGCCAAAGGGGAACCUCCACUGGCAGACCUUCACCCAAUGCGAGUUCUUUUUAUAAUACCUCGAGAAAAUCCACCUCAGUUGGAUGAGCAUUUUUCCCGCCCCAUGAAAGAAUUUGUUUCCUUAUGUUUAAAAAAGGUACCUGCUGAGAGGGCUACUGCUAAAGAACUUCUCAAGCAUCGUUUUAUCAAGAAUGCUAGGAAGAGUCAGAAGCUUCUGGAGAGAAUUAGAGAGCGCCCAAAGUACCAAUUAAAGGAAGAUGCUGAAACCCCCAAAAAUGGCCCCAAGCCUGUAGGAGAGUCAGCUGACACUGUGAAGGUGACAAGAGAUGUAAGAGGUGAAGAAACUGUGAGAGCUAGUAAUCAGGGGAAAACAUUUAGAAGUGCUGGAUGGGACUUCAGUAUUGGUGGACCACAGAAUACAGGUACCGUUCAAAGUGCUCCAAAACCUCCUCAAGUUAGAGAAAGGAAACUAGACGUCACAUGUAAUCAAGCUAUACAAAGACCUCGAGAGAGUGGUAACACACUUAAUGAAUUCCCUGAAGUUUCCUCUGGAAAAGGCACUAGAGAGUUGUAUUCUAAUGAAAAUCAAGAUAAUUACCAUGAUGAUGAAACACUUGUCGGUGGCUCAGGAACUGUAGUCAGAAGAUCUCCUAGAGGAUCUCAAUCAUCUGGAUUGAUUCGUGAUCCAAGUUCUCUUUCUAGCAGUGAACAUGCUUCUUUUGAAGAUGCUUCUACCAGCGGAACUAUUGUUUUCCGUGGCCAACAUGAUGACUCGGAUUCUCCUCCAACUCCAAGAUCUAGGCUAGGUAUUCAAGGGAGACCUUCAGCUGCAUCGGUUGAAGAUAGUACAUCAAAUCUUGCAGAGGCGAAGGCUGCAAUGCAAGCUGGGCUGAGGAAAGGAAAUGCAAGGGACAGGUCUGCACCGAGCAAGAACAAUGGUACCGGAAACGAAAACAGAAGAAGAGAUCAAAUGAGUAACAGUUCUAAUUCUUCUAGAAGUUCUCAUGAAUAUUUUGAUGCGCAAAAAGCAUUCCCAAGAACACGUCAACCAAGUGAUGAUGAAGAAAAUGCAAAGAUCACAUCAUCAUGUAUACCACUAUCCAUGUUGCUUAUCCCUUCCCUUAAAGAGGUCAUUGCUGAUGAUUCAGAAGGGCGAGCUAUGCGUGUAGUUACAAAUUCCCUCGUACAUAUGGAGCGUACAAAGCCUGGAUCAUGCAAAGCUCUUGUUUGCAAAUUGCUCGAUCGACUAGCCAGCUCAAAGGAACCGUCAAUGAAAGGUUUGCAGGACGUAGCAGCUCGGAUGUUCAAUAAAGGCAAGGUGACUCCUGAAGAUGUGCAAAAUUCAAGCCCAGAAAGUGACGGUAAGAAAAGGCUGCAGCAUAAAGAACUUCAUUCAAAUUCCAACUUGAGCCCACUGGCAAGGUUUCUUCUUUCCAGAUGGCAAAGCCAAACAUCUCUGGAUCUCAACCCGAGUUAAAAUGAAAACUGUGAGAUCGAUUAUACAUCUAUCCUUCAUUUGUUCUGAUUUUGAUGUACAUAACAUUGCUAGUAAUUGUCGCAUUUUUGACAUCAUUGAUGUAUAAUUAGGGUUUGCAAUUAUCACAUGAUAAAAUGUAAUCUCAGCAACAUCAAUCAUAUACAUUAAACAUAA